CAGCAGGCACUUUGAGGAUGAGGCUUCCCGGCUGGUUCUGGCUGAGCUCCGCGGUCCUCGCUGCCUGCAGAGCGGGGCAGGUGCACAACCUGACCGAGGGGCUGGAGGAUGCGAGCGCCCAGGCCGCCUGCCCUGCGAGGCUGGAGGGCAGCGGGAAGUGCGAGGGCAGCCAGUGCCCCUUCCAGCUCACCCUGCCUGCGCUGACCCUCCAUCUCCCGCGGCAGUUCGGCAGCAUGGAGGAGGUGCUGAAAGAAGUACGGACCCUCAAGGAAGCCGUGGACAGUCUGAGGAAAUCCUGCCAGGACUGCAAGUUGCAGGCUGACGACCAUCGAGACCCGGGCGGGAUGGCCACCGACAGCCGAGUCCAGGAACUGGAGAGUCAGGUGAACAAGUUGUCCUCGGAGCUCAAGAAUGCAAAGGACGAGAUCCAGGGGCUGCAGGGGCGCUUGGAGACGCUCCAUCUUGUAAAUAUGAACAACAUCGAGACCUACGUUGACGACAAAGUGGCAAAUCUAACGUUUGUGGUCAACAGUUUGGACGGCAAAUGUUCCAAGUGUCCCAGCCAAGAGUACAUCCAGCCACAGCCGGUUCAACAUCUAAUAUACAAAGAUUGCUCUGACUACUAUGCAAUAGGAAAGAGAAGCAGUGAGACCUACAGAGUCACACCUGAUCCCAGACACAGUAGCUUUGAGGUGUACUGUGACAUGGAGACCAUGGGGGGAGGCUGGACGGUGCUGCAGGCUCGCCUUGAUGGAAGUACCAACUUCACCAGAGAAUGGAAAGACUACAAAGUGGGCUUUGGAAACCUUGACCGAGAAUUUUGGCUGGGUAAUGAUAAAAUUCAUCUGCUGACCAAGAGUAAGGAAAUGAUUUUGAGAAUAGAUCUUGAAGACUUUAAUGGUGUCACACUGUAUGCCUUGUAUGAUCAAUUUUACGUGGCUAAUGAAUUUCUAAAAUACCGAUUACAUAUCGGUAACUACAAUGGCACAGCGGGAGAUGCCUUGCGCUUCAGUAAACAUUACAACCAUGAUCUGAAGUUUUUCACCACCCCAGACAGAGACAAUGACAGAUAUCCCUCUGGGAACUGCGGGCUCUACUACAGCUCAGGCUGGUGGUUUGAUGCAUGUCUCUCUGCAAACUUAAAUGGCAAAUAUUAUCACCAGAAAUACAAAGGUGUCCGCAAUGGGAUUUUCUGGGGCACCUGGCCAGGUAUAAGCCAAGCACAGCCUGGUGGCUACAAGUCUUCCUUUAAGCAGGCCAAGAUGAUGAUUAGACCCAAGAAUUUCAAGCCAUAAAUUGCUAGUGUUCAUCUUUCUAGGCACUCACUAUCUAAAGGCAAUGAAUUCCUUCUGACCUUUAUCAUAUGCGUGAGUUUAUAUUCCUUUCUUAUGGCUGAAACACUUCCUUUUAAACUUCACAGCUUUUAAAAUAAAGCUAAAAAUAUCUAAAAAGACUACUUUGUUCCUGUUAUACAAGGAAUGCUUGAAAGCUCUGGAAAUAUUGACAAUUAUACAUUAUAUUUUCAAACUCUUUAAUUUUUAUUAGUUGAAAAGGUUUCCUACUAUAAUUAUUAUUUUUUACAGUUAAAAAACUAAAUUACUCAGCAAGCUAAAUUCUAUAUAAGCAACUUUUAUUUUUACUAGGGCUAAACAUGUAUAUUUGAAAAUAUAUCAGUCUUUUCAGGCCAAAGUUAUUCGUGUAUCUGUAGCCAAGAACUGUAGUAUUUUGUUUGAGCCAAGAAGACCUCAAAGCAUUUUAUUUCUCAAAAAAGAAGCGGGGGAGGGGGGAAUAAUAUGUGUAGCUAAAAUUAUUCAUGUAAUAUUCAUGAAAUGUAUAAUAUGGCAUUAAAAUACCUUAAAAUUCAGUAAAAUAAUGUCUCUUCCCCAUCCAAACUGGAAACUGAAGACUUUGGUUUAGAGGUAAUUCAUUCACUGUCUAUAGCCUGUUAGAACCUGAUGCAAACGCUGCUUUGUUGUCAGCCUCUGCUCUACAUGCACACUAGUUUUUAAUGUAAGGUGCUAGACUACUGUAAGGCUUCCUCGGGGAAGGGCAUAGGAGGGAGAAAACAUCUAUUUAUACUUUGAAAGCCAAUCCUAUACCCAAAGCAAUACUAUUGUUGAGGGAUCAACUUCCUAGGAAGCUGACUUUUCUAGAAUAACUUUAUUUAUUUAAGAUGAAUUUUGAAAUAGUUCAAAUGUUAUACAUUUUAAUCCUAGUCAAUUGCGUAUUUCACUCUCAGAAAUUCAAAGAAAAAAG